AUGUGCCACAGGGUGUCUGAUUUUCGCUCCGCUUGACAGCGAUCCGAGUGUUAUCAAAAGUGUGUGUGGUCGGCACCUUCGCCAGCUAGUCAUCAUCGAGAAUAUUCGUGUACAGAAUUUAUUUUAUUUUGUUUGAUACGAAAAUACCGCACGGAAGCUUUGUUUCAUGUUGCAGAAGGUAGUAGACAGAGACCAUGGCUUCCGCGGACAAAGACACUACAGAGAAACCCAUUCAACAUGCACGCGGUGUUUCCCGCGUACUGCAAAAGCUACGAACGUCGAUGGAGGCAAAGAAUUUCUACGAAGCCCACCAGAUGUACCGGACGCUCUACUUUCGCUACAGCGCACAGGCAAAGUACGACGAGCUGCUGGAGCUGUUGUACAGUGGUGCAGUUACGAUGCUCGACCACCUGCAGUACGGUAGCGGCGCCGAUCUCGGGCUGCUCAUCAUUCAAACACUCGAAUCAGCCGAAACGACGAACCUUCCGGCCGAGGAGUGGAUGAAGCGGCUGGGCGAGCUGAUAGGAAAGAUCAAACCGUGCGUCAACGAGCGCGAAACAGUUUUGGAGAAAGCUAUUAAAUGGAGUGGUACGGUGGCACAAUCACCGAUGGGCCACCCGCUGAUGCAUAAGCUGAUCGCACAAAUCAUGUACAACGAGAACAACCUUCCUCAGGCGCGUUACCAUUAUCCACUGUCGAGGGAUGGUUUUAGCUGUGCGUUCUUGUUGAUCGAGCUAAGCCAGGCGAAAGGGUACGCCGGUGAGGUAGACCUGUUCGUCGCUCAGAUGGUGCUACAGCUGCUCUGCCUAAAGGAACUGACAGUGGCCACGGAAACCUUUGCUACCUACAUCAAAUUUCAUCCCCGCGUAGCAUGCACCGAUCCACCGUUCGCGCGUCCCCUGCUGAACUUUCUCUUCUUUUUGCUGCAAGCGAUCGAACAGGAGGGCCGAAAGUAUGCGAUGUUUCGCGCGCUGUGCGAUCUGUACAAGCCCGCGCUCGAACGGGAUCCGUCGUACGACAAGUAUUUGCGAAAGAUCGGUGUGAUGUUUUUCGGGGCUAGCCAGCCAGAACAGUCGCGUUCCUAUGCGUUUGGCGAUUUGCUAAACCAGUUCAUUCAAGAUCUCAGCGCAGAUUAUGAGGAUGACCCGACCAACGGCGAGGGAGGUGGUGGCCGGGCCGAUACUGAAAUCGAACUAGGUAGCAGCAUGCAUGGUGAUGUAGAUUAAACAGGCUAGGAAAGGGAUCUUCAAACUGAUAGUCAAGCAAAUUUGGAAAGGUAAUCUAGGGCCCUAUUGCGAGUGUAUCGUCUUGAAAACGAGACUGCUGUACUACUGCUGAAAAAACUUAGCAGUCUUGUUUAGCUCUUAUGAAUGAACUUGUGAUUUUUUAUAGUCUGAUUUACUACAUUUUUUUACAUUUUUACAGUCUGAUUUAAAACAAAUACUAAUACUACCAAAUUAAUCACCGACACCACCAAAAACCAACAUUUCGCUUCAAAGGCAACUACGACCAAAACGAAAAAAUAUACCAUUUUCAGUCUCGUUUACAAGACUUUAAAUUGAAGAGCUAAACAAGACUGUUAAGUUUUUUCAGCAGUAGUACAGCAGUCUCGCUUGCAAGACAAGACAUUCGCAAUAGGGCCCAUACGGUAAUAUCUAGUUAGUAAGGUAUUCUGUGAAAUCAAUGCCAAAAAGAAAACUAUUGCUAAUGUUAAUUCCCUUGCAUUACCUUGCGCGAAGUAAUCGUUUAAUUCGCACUAGGAAAUACAAGGGAAUUAACAUUAGAACUUCAGUUUUUUUUUACAAUGGCACAGAGUAUCUGAAUAUUUUGGAUAUUUUAUUGUUUCGUUAGUUAAUUGAUAGGACGGAUGAAAUAAAAUAUUAUUUGAGUUUGCUGACCACGGUCAUUAGCUUGAUUUGUCUUGCAACCUGUCCUGUACUAUGUGCUUAUUUAACACAGAAAAUAAAACGGAUUUCCAAGUAUUAACUUAAACAUUUCAUCAGGUUGGUCUGAAAGCGCCACUG